AUGCAGACAGACGCAGCCACAGAGUACUAUGAGCAACCGGCGCGGCUCACUCGCCCUCUAGACUCGCUAUCAGCCUCAGACAGGGCAAAUCUCCGAGCGCUACCAGCGUCUCCCGCUCGUAGUAGCAGCCCCGCGGAGGCAGCCGCCGUACAGUCCAGCGCCAGUCCGGCACCCCGCGUCAUCCUUGAGUCAAACCCCUCUACACCUUCGCCCUCAAUCUCGCCCCCGGCCACGUAUUCAACCAUCUCGUCGGGCUCAUCCUCACCCUCCCCCUUGGAUAAUCAACGCUCAAGUCACGAAGCUGUCAAUGACGGCUCAGACUUUACACAUCCAAGCAACGAACCUUCAGACUGGGAAGACUAUGAAAGUUCAGGCAGCGAAACCCCGGACCGUGACGGCUCUGCUUGUCAACCUUCAGAAGAUGACGCGCCCGACGCCUACUAUUUACGCUGCGGCCCAGACCUAUUCCUCCGCGCACCACCCCUCAGCUUUAGAGACCUUCUAGCCGUUGUGCCCCGCACUGGCAGCAGCAUCGAAGCAGCAGACGCGUUGGGCGGGCCGGACGCAGCGAUGGAGCUAACCCCUCUCGACUACGACGACCUUGCCGAGCUUGCGAAUCUGGUCAUGCGGCCUGAUUGGGACCAAGGAGCGAUAGAGAUCAGGGGAUUCUGGUGGGCAGACUUUGAUGGAUGGUUUGUGGAGGGUGCUAGAGGCAUUAUGACAGACAGCUGGAGUAAGAGGGGUCGUCUUCGACGUAAGUAG